UUGAAAAAGUACGACCGUUGUAUGUUGAUUGCAUUUGCUAAAUAUCAAUUUUAUGUUAAGAAUUUACUUAAAAUUUUCUGUGUUUCAUUUCAUCGAAUGUAAUACCGUCAUGUACUGCCAUUAGAAGUAAUUAACAUUUGGUGUAUCAAUUGCUGCUUAUUUUUGUCGCAAUGUACUUCGACGUUGAUGAUGAUGGGGUCGACAAUGAAUUUUUGCACGUCGUUAGUCGAGAACUCUUCACCUUCAGUUCGACUUUUGAAGGGGCGUAUGGCAUACGAAGUGUACCAACACAUACUGAGGAUGGCAUACCUAUCAGGAAAAUUUAUGUCACCAACUUACCACCAGAAACUACUCGAACAGAACUUUUUGGUGUAUUCGCGCAAUAUGGCUUUAUAAAGAGCUGUUGGCUAAGAAUGGGCGAUAAAGGUCCAAAUCGAACGCCGACCCCUACUUAUGCUUUUGUCACGUUUAGUAACCCAGCAGAUGCACACAAAGCCUUACAAGCACCAUGUCAUGAAAAGACACUCCGAGGUCGUAGUUUGAGGAUUUCACCUGCUGACAGUUGGCACCAACCAGCAGAAGAUGCUGAUGGUAGAGUCCAGUGGCGGCCAAAUGGCCAGAGAGUGGAAGAAAUACCACCACCUGUACCAGCGGCAGAACAAAUAGAAAAAGACAAAGAAAAUUUUGCACAAGAUGUAGACGUAAAUCCAGAAGUUAAAACAGAUGAAAUCAAUCGACCAAUGAUGGAAGAUGUCAAUGAGGUUGAGGAUGACCGCAAUGUUAUGGAAGGUUACGGCAUACUGGAUGUACUCAAUCCGGAUUGUUUGACGCACAUUAUGAGCUAUAUACCACUGAGAGAUCUCAUCCGCUCCGAGAGAGUCAGCAAGAGAUGGCAAAUGGUAGUCCAGGAAUAUGUUGUUGGCAUUCGCGUAUAUAAGACCUCGUGGUGGCAACAUAUACCUGUUACUUUAACGACAGCAGUGUUGAGACGGGUGCUUCAGAGAGUUGGAGGUUCGCUAGUGCGUCUGCACAUUGACCACAACUGGUCCGCCCUAAAUGAUCGCACUGCACAUACUGUUGGCAAAUUCUGUCCCAAUCUUGAAGAAUUAAAGAUUGUUGGAAUGCAUACGAAGAAUUGGAACCCAUUGGUUUAUGGCUGUAAAAAUUUGAAGAGGCUUAUUUUUGUUUCAUGCAAUAAGCUUACCGAUUCGAGUCUCGUACAUAUAGUCAAAAGUGACUCCCCAAUAGAACAUUUGACAGUUGCAAAUAACACUCAUGUAACGGGACUAUUUCUUAACGGUACAAAUAUCCGUAAACUGCAUUCUCUAUCGUUUUACAACUGCUGUAGUCUCCAAGGAGCCGUUCUGACUGCAGCAAUCGAUUCUAUGCCUAACCUUACUACACUUAGACUAGACGUUUGUCCCGUCACCAUGUGGAAGAUUGUACCAUUGAUAUUGAAGAAACUACCCAAAUUGGAAGAAUUAUCACUAAGUGAAUAUACAUCGGGAGAAGCUUACGUCAGACCUUACGAUAACGAAUCGUUCUGUGAAGCUAUUGAUAAUUUAAAGGAGUUGAAAGUUUUGAAUAUGACCAGGAAUGUCUACAUGACAAAUGCUGUUCUGAAGCAAGUCGCUCGCUCCUGUCUUAAGCUGACAACUCUUAAUGUUUCAAGCUGUAACUCACAGAGGAAUAUCCAACACAUAAGGGGAGUAGAUGAACUAACUCAAAAGCCAUAUAUAAUUUUAAAGAGGCCUAUGUGCGGUCCGUCAGGUGGUUACUCCGCGAAGGGCGUGGGCGACGAGGGUUUAUCCGCAGUAUUCCGGUCAUGCACGCGCCUGCGUCACGUCGACGUGUCAUACUUAGCACAGCUGAGCGAUACAGGACUGGCGCACGCGGCCUCCCUGCCCGCGUUAACUACGCUCAUAGCACGUGGUAACGCCGCGCUCUCCGCGCAGCCGUUCUCUCAAUGCCUCGCACAGUGUCAUCUUCUGGAGGAAAUAGACGCGUGUGGCUGUGACGGAGUGUCGGAACAAGUGGUGGAAGCGGCCGUCAAGGCGCUAGAGACCAAGCCGAGGUCCAUUGUGCUCAGGCUGGCCGGCACGCCGGCUGCUCAAAUUAAGGAGUUGCCAACCCACCGUCUGCUGUCAGUGAACGUAGAGGAGGACCGCAGCAACCCGCACCUCAGACCGGACUUCGUGGACCGUAUCUUCGACGAAAGCUCCGACGAUUCCUUUGACGACCUUGAAGAGCCUGAAGACCUUGAUGAUUUCCUAGGAGAUGACCCCUACAUGGAUAAUUACGAUCUGGAAAACUACGAGAAUAUGCUUGAAAUGGGAUUACACGUUCCUAACCUACUGCUGCUGUAAAAACCAUCUCGACCUCAGCAUCUUGUCCGACAAUGACAGUGCUUAUGCAUUUUUAUUACUAAUAGCUCUAAUUGUUUUUUUUUUCCAAUCUAUCAACAGUGAAAAAGAGACCAAAACUUUUUUCCACUUUUAAAUAAAGGUUUCCAUGUACAUUUUCAUUUCUUUAAAUAUUUCUGUUAUUGUGUACAUUUUAAUUAAGUAUAAAAAAAAUUGGUGUGUUUAAAUAUAAAUAUUUCCUCUAUCGUAAAUGUCCUUUUCAGAUAUUUAUAGUUGUUUUAACGUAGGUUGGUUGAUAUCUGUGAUGGAAUGUUUGCUGUAAUUACAUAUUUAAUUGGAUUUUAGUCAAUAUUUAUCAUUACAUGUUGCAUAUAUAUAUUAUAUAAAAGUUUCACUCUGUAUCCUAUAAGUAAAGUCUGAGAAAUAUUGUGAUAGUAUAAAAUUAUUCCAGCGUCUGAUUUCAUACAGAAUUCAUUGUGUUUGGGAUGGUUUGAAUGACAAAUAUAACCCUGCAUGUUGGUGUUUGUUAUUAUGUUAGUGUUUUAGAAGUGCUUUAAAUGUUUAGCUAUCAUUUGCAACCCACAAAAUUUCACUUCUAUGACUAUAUUAAUACACAGACAAACUACAAUUUACAUUAAAGUUCUUAAUUCCAUACCAAUUCUGGUAAAAGAUUUUUACUCGUAAAGUCAAACAUCAAUAUGGCCGCCAUGUAUGGAAUUUGACAUUAUUCAGUUUAGGCUUAUAAUUGAAAUUUAAGGUUAGCAGUCUCUGUUUUGUUUAAAUUGAAAUAUAACAAUAUGUAUUAAUACAAGAGUUAUAGCAGUGAAAAUCAAUGGGAUGAAUACGAAAAUUAUAUGUAUAUAUUAUUUUUUAUUUGAUAAAGGUAUGUUAUAGCAUGAAUCUCUGCCAUAUUGUCGUGACACUAUUUUAUAUACCUUUUUAUGUUUUAUUAAUUUAAACCUUUGAUCUUGUACAUUGUUUCUUACUUUUUGAUCUCAAGAUUGUUAUAAAUUUACCAGUUAGAAAAGUAUAUACAAAAAAAGAUAAUAA